UUUUUUUCUUUCUCAUGGCUCUGCCUUUAUUUUCUCUGUACUUUUCUAAUUCCAGAGUCUCCCCCUCCACCCUACUCCAGAUAUCCGAUGGAUUUUCUCAAACCAACGGCAGAUUGUCCAGACUCUGUGCCUUCCUCCACUGAAACAGGGGGAACUAAUUGUCUAGCCCCUGGGGGGCUUUCAGAUUCCCAAGUUCUUCAGGAGCCGGGGGAUCGGUCACACUGGUGCGUGGUGGCAUACUGGGAAGAGAAAACACGCGUGGGUCGGCUGUACUCUGUCCAAGAGCCCUCCCUGGAUAUCUUCUAUGAUCUACCUCAGGGGAAUGGUUUCUGCCUCGGACAGCUCAACUCGGACAACAAAAGCCAGCUGGUGCAGAAGGUCCGCAGCAAGAUCGGGUAUGGCAUCCAGCUCACCAAGGAAGUGGACGGCGUGUGGGUGUACAACCGCAGCAGUUACCCCAUCUUCAUCAAGUCGGCCACACUGGACAACCCUGACUCCAGGACGUUGCUGGUGCACAAAGUGUUUCCAGGUUUUUCCAUCAAGGCUUUUGACUAUGAGAAGGCGUACAGCUUGCAGAGGCCGAACGACCAUGAGUUCAUGCAGCAACCAUGGACCGGAUUUACUGUUCAGAUCAGCUUUGUGAAAGGCUGGGGCCAGUGCUACACGAGACAGUUUAUCAGCAGUUGCCCGUGCUGGUUGGAGGUUAUUUUUAAUAACCGAUGACUCGAGACAGAGUGGACUCAUGACAUUUAUACUACUUUGCUGCUAUUAUUUCCUUCUGAGUGCUUGCUUUUCAUGCAAACUUUUUGUUUUUGUUUUGUUUUGUUUGUUUUUUUUUUCCUGUUUUGAGAAAUAGCUUAUGGAAAGAUUUUUGCCUUGGUAUUUUGAUAAAUAUAUAUAUUUUUUAAAAGUGUGAAUGACCAAUAACUCAGAAGGGCAAGAGAAGGGUGCGGGGAGAGGGGGCGGAUCGCAUAAGAUAAUUGUUUCCCGCCUCUGAAAGGAUUAUCCUAUGUGAUCGAAGACCGGGAAGCCACUUGCUAUUUGUUACGUCUCCGUCACUUGGGUAACAUGACAGGAGACCCAUAUUUUUCAUGCACCACCUUCCCUUUGCCUCCAGUCGUCCCCAGUGGUGGUGACACCCAGCUGAGACCCCUUCCCCAGCGGUGCUGAUCCUACCUAGCCGCCGCCAAACGAUGGUGCAAAACCUUCCCAGCCAGGUCUUUACCCACCCUUGUUGAUUUUUUGUUGUCGUUGUUGGGCUCGAGUCUCGUCCCUGUGUUCAUCUUGUCCACCGCAGGAGUGUGGGUGUUGGGGGAAGUCUGCCCAUCCUUCCGCUGCUUUUUUUAUUGUCAUGGAUUGAUGCAAGGGGAGAAAACAACCGUGAAGAAACCGUGCAUGGCCCGUGCUUUACAAUUUGAGCUGAGAUGCGAAGUGACAGCAGCAUAAGCUUAAAAAAAAAGAAGCAAAGCAAACAAACAAACAAAAAAAAAACAACAAAACAAAACAAAGAAAAACAAAUGGGGAAAAAAAUAAAAAAGUGUUCAUGAUAGUUGGUCUGUUGUAACCUGCUUAGAUCAGGUUAUCCCGGUACCAUCGUAUCUGGAAAUGCAGUUGUGCUUUCAUUUCUUCUUGAAUUCAUACACAAGUAUGAUACUUUUACACUGUUCUUAGCUCAAUGAGCAUGUUUAGACCUUAACAUAAGCUAUUUUUCUAAAUAUAAAGGUUUAAAUGAACAAGAGAGCAUUCUCAUUGGAACUUUAGCAUUGUAGUGCUUUGGAAAUAAAACAAAAAAAAGACUCCUUAAAAAAACCCUGAGAUUUAUUGAAGAAAAAAAUGUAUUUUAUGUUAUAUAUAAAUAUAUUAUUACUUGUAAAUAUAAAGACGUUUUAUAAGCAUCAUUAUUUAUGUAUUGUGCAAUGUGUAUAAACGAGAAAAAUAAGAAAGAUGCACUUUGCUUUAAUAUAAAUGCAAAUAACAAAUGCCAAAUUAAAAAAACAAAAACAAAACAAAAACCCCACGAGAUUGGUGUUUUUUUCUAUGGGUGUUAUCAUCCAGAUGAAUGUUUUUUCUAAAGGAGUUUAUGUUCCAUUGAAAAAUAAAAACGUACACUUGA